GAGGAGAAGGGCGUGAAGAUGAAGCUGACGGUGACGGACACACCAGGGUUCGGGGACCAGAUCAACAACGAGAACUGCUGGGACCCCAUCAUCAAAUACAUCAACGAGCAGUACGAGAGGUACCUACGUGAGGAGAUCCUCAUCAUGCGCAAGAGGAAGAUCCCGGACACCCGGGUCCAUGGAUGCGUCUACUUCAUCCCCCCCACGGGUCACUGGCUGCGCCCGCUGGACCUGGAGUUCAUGCGGCGGCUCAGUAAGAUCGUCAACGUGGUGCCGGUCAUCGCCAAAGCCGACACGCUCACCCUGGAGGAACGGGCAGAAUUCAAGCAACGGAUCCAGGAGGACCUGAAGACCCACGCCAUCAGUGUGUACCCCCAGGAGGACUUCGACCAGGACCCCGAUGACAGGGUGCUGAAUGACAGGAUUCGGGCAGCGUGGGUGGGAGAGCUGGCCAGGACCAUGGCCAUGGUGACGGUGAACCUCCGCGCCCUGACCUCCUGGGUGGGCAUCGCCCGGCUCUUUGCCGUCGUGCUGUCCUGCCUCGCCUUCAGCUUGGUGGCCUCAACUG